CGAAAUAACUUAAGAAAACAUAAUUAUGAACCGUGUAAUAACUUUUAAUCAUAUGUUUAGCGCAAUUCUGUCUUUAAUAAUUGUUCAUUAAUCAUAACAAAGCGACAAAUUGAUAUAUCUGCAACAAUUGUCAAGGCGUGUCAACCCUGCACAUGCCAACUUCGCAAGCCGGUUGGGAACAUCUUCUCACAGUUGUUGCCCAUCGCGCACAAGAGUCGUCAAUAGCUUAUUAUCUUUCGCAGCGACAGCGUGAUUUCAAUUCUUCCAACAACGUGCAUUUGUGUUAGCUUUAAUAAGCAAUUAAUAUUAACUAAUAAUACUUAAGCGCUUUGUAAAAACACCGGUUACUAAAAUGAGUGAGGAACGUAAGGCACUGGCAAUUAAAUUAUAUGAAAUCAAUGCUUUCAAAUUCGGCGAUUUCAAGAUGAAGGUGGGCAUUAAUUCACCUGUGUACUUUGAUUUACGAGUAAUUGUCAGCUAUCCGGAAGUGAUGAAAACCGUUUCAGAUUUGAUUGCCGCACACAUUAAGGAGCACCAAUUGACAGCGAAACACGUUUGUGGCGUUCCAUACACAGCGCUUCCAUUGGCCACUUUGGUGUCCGUACAACAUGGUACCCCCAUGUUGGUGCGACGUAAGGAAACAAAAGAUUAUGGCACAAAAAAACUGAUUGAGGGACUCUAUAGUGCGGGAGACACGUGUCUUAUAGUGGAAGAUGUCAUAACAUCUGGUUCAAGUGUAUUAGACACAGUACGUGAUUUACAAAAAGAAGGUAUUGUUGUCACCGAUGCUGUCGUAGUUGUUGAUCGUGAACAAGGCGGAGCCCUGAAUAUCACAAAACAGCAGGUGCGCGUGCACUCCUUAUUUACGCUAUCUUUUCUCCUUAAUACAUUGCACGAAGCUGGAAAGAUACAACGCGACACCGUGGAAGCGGUUGCAAAAUAUAUUGCUGCAUCUCAAAUUAAAGACGAUGGAUCGUUUGUAAAUCCACAGAAGAACGUUAAUGCUAAUGAAUUUUCAAGGACUAAACUUACAUUCGAACACCGCGCAACCUUGGCGAAAUCUGAGCUAGCCAAGCAGCUUUUCCAUUUGAUGGCAAGCAAGAAAACAAACCUUUGCCUGGCCGCUGACCUCACUAAGUCCGAAGAGAUUCUUAAUAUCGCCGAAAUUUGUGGACCUUAUAUUUGCGUACUGAAAACACACAUUGACAUUGUGGAGGAUUACGAUGAAGCUUUCAUACAAAAGUUACGCAGUUUGGCGGAUAAACACAAUUUCUUAAUCAUGGAAGAUCGUAAAUUUGCCGAUAUUGGCAAUACGGUGUCUCUACAAUAUGGCAAAGGCAUAUAUAAGAUAGCUAAUUGGGCGGAUUUAGUUACAGCGCACGCACUCUCAGGUCGCAGCAUAUUGCAAGGGCUUAAAGCCGGUCUUGCUGAUAAUGCAUCAGAUGGAAGAAAACAAGGCGUAUUCCUACUUGCCGAAUUAUCUAAUUCAGGCAGUUUAAUCGAUGCUAAGUAUUCGGAAGCGGCCAGUAAGAUUGCUACUGAAGGCGCAGACAUUGAUUUUGUUGCUGGUGUUGUGUGUCAAUCGGCCAAUUGUUUCCAUUUCCCCGGUUUAGUUCAGCUGACACCUGGUGUGAAGAUCGAUGACACUGUUGACCAGCUGGGACAGCAAUAUCAAACACCUGAACAUGUAGUGCAGGAACGUGGUGCCGAUAUCGGUGUAGUAGGACGUGGAAUUCUACAAGCUAAGUCUGUUGAAAAAGCAGCAGCUCUAUAUCGUGAUCGCCUUUGGGCAGCAUAUACGGAUCGUAUAGCGAAAUAAAAACAUAUAAGUGCAUUUGUAUUAAAUAUUGUUUAUACAUUUUAAAAUUAUGGCAAGGCUCAAAAUAAUUAUUAUUUAAACUCA